AUGUCUUCACAACCCGCAACCAUCAACCCCACCACCAUUCCAAACCCCGAUCUCUCCUCCGCAACGGUGACCACGGAUAGCGAAAAACCAAAAUCCGCAUCUUCCAACGGCGUCAGCAUGUUCUCCAGACCCGUUGCCACUCCGCUCUCGUCCAAGGAGGGCUCUGGCACCGGAACCCCCACCACCGGCUUCCAGAGACAUCCCCUCGUCAAUAAACAGUUGGAUAUGGUCAUCCGCACUCCGGGCCGUCAGCCAUCGCCCCAGCCCACGCAUCUGGGCAUUCCAGGUGGCACACAUCGUGUAUUGUCUGAGGAAGGCCCCGGGUAUGUCGCGGCGAAGUUUGAGGGGAAGAAGAAGCAGAUGGAGGCUGUUAUGGACCAGCUCGAGGAGAAGGGAUUCAUCCCAUUUGAAUUCGUCUCGUCGGAAACCAACUGGUUCUACAACAUGCUUGGCAUUGACGACAUGUACUUCCAAACCGAGACCGUCGAUGCUAUCGUCAGCCAUAUCCUCUCCCUCUACGCCGCGAAAGUUGCCGCAUAUGCCCGCGAUGAUAAGCGUCUGGAGAUAAGGCUGGAUAAGGAAGCUGCUGACCAUGCUGUCUACAUCGACACAAGCAAGCCCGGGAUAAGUGCCAUCGAUGGGCCACGUUAUGAGCAGCGCAUCGACGAGAAAUACAUCAAUGGCUCGACUCCGAAGAACAGCUAUCGUGUUGAAACUUUCCGUUCUGCCAGCUCCCUUCCAGAUAACCAUGAGCAGCAGCUACGUUGCUACUUCGUAUACAAAUGUCUCUUCAACGAGCCUCAUCCAGACCCGGAGGAGACCAAUAUUGAGAUCGUGGGUGAGAAGCGCUUCUUGCAAAAGGCUACCGCGAACACAAAGGCAAUUUACCAGGAGAUCAUUAUCAAUGCCGUGGCUAGAUCUGGCCCUGUUAUUGAAAUGUUCGAGAUUGAAGGGAGUCGCGAAAAGAGACUCGUCAUCGCAUACCGCCAAGGUUCCGCCAUGGGCAUGUUCAGCGCCCUGUCUGAUCUCUACCAUUACUACCGUCUUACAAGCUCUCGCAAGUACCUGGAGAACUUCUCCAAUGGUAUCACUGUGGUCUCGCUCUAUCUGAAACCCAUGGAAGGCGCAGAAGUCUCUGGCAAACACCCGCCCAUCGAAGCUGCGAUCCAUCAGAUCAUGAAGGAGAUCUCGUUGCUCUACUGUAUUCCUCAAAACAAGUUCCAGAGCCAUUUUGCCAGUGGCCGUCUUAGCUUACAAGAGACUAUCUACGCCCAUUGCGUAUGGGUCUUCGUGCAGCAGUUCCUGAACCGCCUGGGAUCUGAAUAUACCUCCCUAACCGCUCUCCUCGACUCUAGCAACACUUCGCAUGCUGAGCUCCUUUCGAAGAUUAAGAAGCGACUUCGUACCGAAACUUUCACCUCAGAUUAUAUCCUCGAGAUUAUUAACAAAUACCCCCAACUCAUCCACAAGCUGUAUCUUGAUUUCGCCAAAACACAUUACGUGCAGAUGGUCGAAGGGGUUCCUGAUGACUUCCUCCCCACGCUUAGCUACUUGCGUCUACAGGUUGAUGAGCCCCUAGACCACGACCGCCUCGACGAGCUGGUCUCUAAAACCGUCGUCAGCGAGAAUGACGAGAUGGUCAUGAACUCAUUCCGCAUCUUCAACGCCGCUGUCCUCAAGACUAACUUCUACACCCCGACCAAGGUCGCCCUCAGUUUCCGUCUCAACGCGGAUUUCCUGCCCAAACACGAAUACCCCCAGCGCUUGUACGGAAUGUUCCUCAUAAUCAGCUCUGAGUUCCGCGGCUUCCAUCUCCGCUUCCGCGAUAUAGCCCGUGGUGGUAUCCGGAUAGUCAAAAGUCGUGACAAGGAAGCCUAUGCCAUUAAUGCCCGUUCGCUGUUUGAUGAAAAUUACAACCUCGCCAAUACCCAGCAGCGGAAGAACAAGGAUAUCCCUGAAGGUGGCGCUAAGGGCGUUAUCCUGCUCGACGUUAACCAUCAGAACAAGGCGAGAGUGGCCUUUGAAAAGUACGUCGACAGUAUCCUCGACCUGCUCCUCCCGCCCGUCAGCCCCGGUAUCAAAGACCCAAUAGUCGACCUCCACGGACAGGAUGAGAUUCUCUUCAUGGGCCCCGACGAGAACACUGCUGAGUUAGUCGAUUGGGCAACACACCAUGCGCGAAAGCGCGGUGCGCCCUGGUGGAAGUCCUUCUUUACCGGCAAGAGCCCCAAGCUCGGCGGUAUCCCCCAUGACAGAUAUGGCAUGACCACCUUAUCUGUCCGCCAGUAUGUCCUUGGCAUCUACCGCAAGACAGGCAUCGACCCAUCCACAGUCCGUAAAAUGCAAACCGGCGGCCCUGACGGCGAUCUGGGCUCCAACGAAAUCCUCCUCGGGAACGAGAAAUACUGCGCCAUCGUCGACGGGUCUGGCGUCAUUGUCGACCCACAGGGUCUCGACCGCGACGAACUCGUCAGACUAGCCAAGAAGCGCGCCAUGAUCGUCCACUAUGAUGUAUCCAAGCUAUCCCCUGAAGGUUACCGCGUUCUCGUUGAUGACACCAAUGUCACCCUUCCGGACGGCGAACUCGUCCACAACGGCACCGUCUUCCGCAAUACCUUCCACCUCCGUGGCGGGCGGAACUUUGACGUCUUCGUCCCUUGUGGUGGGCGGCCGGAAUCCAUCGACCUCAGCAACGUUGGCCGGCUGAUCGAAAACGGCAAAGCCACCAUCCCCUACAUUGUCGAGGGCGCCAACCUUUUCCUGACCCAGGACAGCAAAAUCCGCCUAGAGAAAGCCGGCUGCGUCGUCUUCAAAGACGCCUCCGUAAACAAAGGUGGCGUCACCUCCUCCUCGCUCGAGGUCCUCGCCUCCCUCUCCUUCGACGACAAGGGCUUCGAGGAGAACAUGUGCGUGCGCGAAGACGGGACCAUCCCGCCCUUCUACAAUGCUCUUGCCAUCACAAAGCUCGACGAGGAGUUACAGAAGACGGAGCUUUGGGAGAAUAAGAUUUUGAGAGAGGAUGUGUUGCGCGAUGCUUUACCGAAGCUUUUGUUGGAGAAAAUUGGGCUGGAGACGAUUUUGGAGAGGGUGCCUACCAACUACCUCCGCUCCAUCUUCGGCAGCUACCUUGCCAGCCGCUUCGUCUACGAGUACGGCAGCAGUCCGAGCCAGUUUUCUUUCUUCGAUUUCAUGUCCAAGAGAACCGCAAAACUCAUAGAGCAGAAGAAAUGA